AUGGGAAGCAACCAGACAUGGAUCACAGAAGUCACCCUCCUGGGAUUCGAGGUCGAUUCAGCACUGGAGUUUUUCCUCUUUGGUCUUUUCUCUCUCUUCUACACCCUUACCCUUCUGGGGAAUGCAGUCAUCCUGGGGCUUAUCUGCUUAGACUCAAGACUUCACACCCCCAUGUACUUCUUCCUCUCACAGUUGGCCAUCAUCGACAUAUCCUAUGCCUCCAACAGUGUCCCCAAGAUGCUGGCAAAUCUUGUGAGUCAGAAAAGAACCAUCUCCUUUGUUCCUUGCAUCAUGCAGACAUUUUUAUACCUGGCUUUUGCUGCCACAGAGUGCCUGAUUUUGGUGGUGAUGUCCUAUGACAGGUACGUGGCCAUCUGCCACCCCCUGCAUUACACUUUCAUCAUGAGCUGGAGAGUGUGCUCUGUCUCGGCCAUCACAUCCUGGGUCUUAAGCUUCCUCUUGGCUCUGGUCCAUUUAGUUCUCUUUCUGAGACUGCCCUUCUGUGGGCCUCACGAAAUCAACCAGUUCUUCUGUGAAAUCCUGUCUGUCCUCAAGCUGGCCUGUGCUGACACCAGGCUGAACCAAGCGGUCAUCUUUGCUGCUUCCGUGUUGGUUUUGGUCGGGCCACUCUGCCUGGUGCUGCUCUCCUACGCGCGCAUCCUGGCCACCAUCCUGAGGACCCGGUCAGGUGAGGGCCACGGAAAGGCCUUCUCUACCUGCUCCUCCCACCUCUGCGUGGUCGGGCUCUUCUUUGGCAGUGCCAUCGUCAUGUACAUGGCCCCCAAGUCCCGCCACCCUGAGGAGCAGCGGAAGAUCCUUUCCCUGUUUUACAGUCUUUUCAACCCCAUGCUGAACCCGCUGAUCUACAGCCUGAGGAACAAAGAGGUCAAGGGUGCCCUGAGGAGAGUGCUGUGGAAGGACAGGCUAAUGUGA